AUGAGGCCAGAAUUUCAGAAAAAAAAGGCCGCUAUUCUUAAAAAAUUUAAGACGGAGGGGCUGGAUCCAUCUCCAAAGGGCUGUCCUGAUGAACCUAUAAUUUCUCUUUUAGAUCUUAUUAAUCAUCAUCCUCAUCUUGUUACAACAAGUUCAUGUUCAGGUAGAAUAGCGAUUUAUGUUGAAAGCGAUGUUGCAAAUAGUAUAGGAGGAAAGGGAUUAGGAGGGAGAUGGUUAAUGGUGCGACAUGAACCAUGGGAAGAUGGAUUAGAAGAUUUAGAUAUUUUAUCUAAAAUAUGUGGGGAAUAUCCAGUUAGAAGAGUGGAUUUUAAAGAAUCUAAGAGGGGACGAUUAAUUCAUUUUAAAUUUGAGCCUAUGAUUUUGCAUAUUAUGUCAGAGACGAUAUCGACAGCUCGUGCAUUUUUAAGUAGUGCACUUUCAUCAAAAUUUAGAGAAUCAGGACUUAUUUUAUCAAAAAAGAAUAAUAUUAUAGCAGUUCGAUCAUCUAUAGGAUUUAGCUGUCCUAUAGGAUAUUUGAAAAAAGAAGAGAAUGUGGAGUUUGUUGAAUUGUUAGUAGACGAGAAAUACCUUUAUUUGUUGAUAGAUAUGGCAAACAAAAGAUUUAAAGAAAACGAAAGAAGAAGAGAUAUGUUGUAUAAAAACAUUUCAGGUUGGAUUAUGAAAGAAUCUGAAAUAGAUAUGGAAAAUAAAGAAGAAAUAUUAAAAAAAUAA